AUGCAGUUAUGGGCAUCAGCUCACGGAUCUGAGGUGGUACGGAUUUCAGAUUCGUGGGGUGGUGCCUUUAAGAAUAUAAAUAGAGCAAGGCAACCUUGUCCUGUCAAGUGCAAAGAAACGCAAAACACAAUCGCUGGAAUAGUGUCCGAAAAUUCUCAGAAGAUGAUCUAUUCGGUUAUUUUGUGGUGCUAUUUUGUCUUACGUACUCUAAUUGGCUGUGUAAACAAUGCAUCCAUUCCAUGGAAGCUUCCAAAGACUACACAAAACAAAUAUUUGGAUGUGGCCUUUAGCCUACACGCAUACUUUUCCUUUCUCGUUGAUGAUUUCAUUUUACCUAUUGCUUGUGACGACUUCUACAGUCUCAUGUCUGUAUAUUACUUAUUUUGUAACCAGUCUGAACGUCCGGCUAAAGCCGGACUUCACACUUUCUGUGGUGUUUGCUUCGCUCGCCUUGACUGA